CUUCUACUCCAUUAGCCAAGAGCUUUUCUAGGGAUUUUCAGAUAUAAAACAAUGAAGCUGAACACCAGAAUUCCACCAGAAUCAACGGCAAAAUGGGUGAGGAAAUUAGCAACAAGCAAGUGAUACUCAGCAACUAUGUCAAAACAUCUUUGAAAGAAUCCGAUAUGUCGCUGAGAACUUCCAAAAUUCAGCUCAAAAUUCCCAGCGGUUGCGACGGCGCCGUUUUGGUGAAGAAUCUCUACUUAUCCAUCGAUCCUUUUAUUCUUGCCCUCAUGAAGAAUCAGGAGCUCGAAUUACCUUCUUUCACGCUGGAUUCUCCUAUUUAUGGAUUUGGAGUGUCGAAAGUACUGGAUUCGUCUCAUCCAAAUUUCAAGACGGGCGAGCUAGUUUGGGGGUUUACUGGCUGGGAGGAGUAUAGCCUUAUUAAAGAUCCAGACCAAUUGUUUAAGGUUCAAGAUAAAGAUUUGCCCCUCUCUUAUUAUAUAGGGAUUCUUGGCAUGCCUGGCAUGACAGCUUAUGUUGGUUUUUUCAAAUUUUGCUCUCCCAAAAAGGGGGAAACUGUGUAUGUCUCUGCUGCAUCCGGAGCUGUUGGUCAGCUCGUUGGUCAGUUUGCAAAGAUCGCAGGGUGUUACGUUGUUGGGAGUGCGGGGAGCAAAGAAAAGGUCGAUCUCUUGAAGAACAAAUUCAGGUUUGACGAAGCAUUCAACUACAAAGAAGAGCAAGACUAUAAUGCAGCGUUGAAGAGGUACUUCCCCGAUGGCAUCGACAUCUACUUUGACAACGUGGGAGGGAAGAUGCUCGAAGCGGUGCUAAACAACAUGAGACUCAACGGCCAUGUUGCGCUUUGUGGGAUGAUCUCCCAAUACAACAGCCUUGAGCAGCCCGAAGGCAUCCACAACUUGAUUAACGCAUUAGUAAAACGGGUCCGUAUGGAAGGAUUUUUCACUAGCGACCACUACCAUCUCUACCCCAAGUUCCUGGAGAUGGUUGUGCCUCUAAUCAAGGAAGAGAAGAUCACAUACGUCGAAGAUCAAGACGAAAUUAUCUAAGUAUAGGUGGAAUACUCGAUCCCUAUAUCCGAGUAUAGAAACUUAUUCCUUGCAUAUAUCCGAGUGAAAGAUAUGCUUUAAAAUCCCACUAGUCACGAAUAAAUAUAUUAUUUUCAUACGGUUAAUUUUUACCGUGAAUUAUCCAAGUUUAUACAUUCAAAAUAUUAUUCUCGAUUCUCACAUAAAA